GCCGUAAUUUACCAUAAUUUAAUAUGAAAUCCAGUCCUCUAACUUUUCUUUUAUUGUAAAAGGCCCCGCACUUUCUUUCUCAUGCAUAUUUAACUUCAAAAAGUAGAAAUUAAUUCUGUUAAUCCUCCAAAAUUGAUGGUAACGGGAUGAAUUUGAGCUGAAAUUUUUGCAUAUCGUUUUUUUCCUCAAACUUUAAGAUGAGUGGAAGCAGUAGCAUGAUGAUGAUGAUGGCGCCGGGAGGCGGAGGCGGCGGAAGAGGAGGAAGCAGCGGAGGCGGAGGUCGGUCGUGGCCGUCGACAACGUCGGUGUCGUCUUCAGGGAAGAGAAUACAAAAGGAAUUGUCGGAGCUGAGUAUGGAACCUCCGCCGGACUGCUCCGCCGGCCCCAAGGGCGACAAUCUCUACCAUUGGGUCGCCACACUGUUCGGUCCUCCCGGGACACCUUAUGAAGGCGGCAUAUUUUUCCUCGAUAUAACAUUUCCGAGUGAUUAUCCGUUUAAACCGCCCAAGGUAGUAUUCAAAACCAGAAUAUACCACUGCAAUGUUGACUCUGCCGGCAAUGUUAGUCUCGAUAUCCUGAAAGAUGGGUGGAGCCCGGCUCUAACUAUCUCGAAGGUUCUGGUAGCACUCAGAUCUAUCUUUAACAACCCCGACGCGUAUAAACCCCUUGUUCCAGGUAUUGCACACUUAUACUUGGCUGAUAGACUGAAGCACGAUGAACUUGCUACAGAGUGGACUCAACGGUUUGCCAGGUAAAUAUCGUAAAACUGAUUGAACGAUACCCGAAGAGUUUAGUUGAUUCCGAUUGCGAACUUCAAUUCUAAAAGGUACCAAGUUGUUCAAAAGACAAUCAACAUUUUCCAGCUUGUGCCGUAGAGCUUUUUUUUUUUU